GCGCUUAAUUUUGUUGACAAGAUAUAUUUCACUAUGUAGACAAGCUACCAGGUCUUGAACAACGUCACUUAGGUCAUAUAGCCUAUUACACAAUCACGGGUUCUGGUGUUUUAGUCUGUAAUGUGUAAAAGUAAUUAUUUUCAGUCAUUCAGUCAUUUCAGUUAACUGUAUGAUUCAUAUUUGCUUAGAGGAACGUGAUGCAUUAUUUGACCGGCGCGUUUGUAUGCCUAUUAGCAUGAGAAAAUGUAAUCCAGUAGCCUAGGUUAGAAUUAAAAUACGGUAAAGUUUUGUAAAUUCAAAUGAACUUUUAAUUGGAAAAGAGACACAGUGCCCAUAUCCUUGCCUACGUGUUACCGGAAUAAUUAGGCUAUGGGAAGGAAUGAGUCCUACCUGAGUCACACGAUUAUAUGGUCAGCUGUUACAAUGUAGCAGGGCGUGUGUAACAAUGACUUGUAUAGUGAUGGACUUGCUCUUCAGGUUAAAGGGGGUGGGGGCGGUUGUCGAGUUACAAUUGCCUAGGUGCCACAAUAUUUCAUAAGAAUAGAUUGUUUACAAAGUGUACAAAUAUCACCUUCCAUGGGGAACUGUACAGUUUGUAUCUGUCUGACUGCAGUGAAAUGUACUCAUGACAAUAUUGAUCAUAGAGGUCCUGGCCAUUAGGGUCACCAUUACCUUUUUAUAAAUACAUGUAGGUAUAUUUAUAGAAUUCUAUUUCUAUUUCACUGUUGAAUUAAAUGGGUCAAGAUAACUUAAUAACUUACUUGUACAUGUAGGCCGAAAGCUAACUGUUAGAUGAUAUAUUCAUCAAUGUUACAAUUUUAAAAGUGACAAAAUAUACUUGAAAGACUUUUCUUUGUUACAAUGAAAGACCACCUGUUGAAGCAAUGGAUUGUGAUUAAGGUGUUGGUGUAGACUUGUCCUCCACCCAAAGCAGUUUAACAAUGUAUGUUAGCUGUUCCAUUGUUAUAGACAGCAAUGACUGACUGCUCUAGCUCCCAUUCUGCAUUUUUUCCCUUAAAAGGUGAGACCACGGUCAUUGUCAACACCUGAUUGUGAUUCUGUUGCCUUUUUGCCAAUACCUCCGUUACCCCUGGAUGUCUCCAUGGCAAAGCCAGGGCUCUGACCUCAUGGGAGAGUUCUUUUCAGUUUUCGAAAAUGUUGGCCAGAAGCGCUCUCUCGUGAUUUGAACAAAAGUGGUUGAUGAUUGAUGGGUUCCUCAAAUAAUGAUGAAUUUUAAGUGCAUCGGCACCUGCAGUUCCCGUGUCGCUCGGAGACUCCUCUAAUACAUGGAGGUGUGUCUCAGCAUGGCCACAGCCAAACCCUUCUGGGAUCCUCAUGAAACAAACAACUUGUACUUUUGCCUUGAUGCGGAAACCAUGGAACAGAAUUUCAGAACACACUACAGAGACUCCUCUAUGGGAUAUGAGGAAAGCUCCAUGCCAAGUUAUCAGGAGGGUGACCAGGUGGUCCCUUCAUUCAAAAGACUGUCUGUGUACGAGCCCAUUCCCCCGCACUCUUCUCGGAGAGCCACCAAGCCGCUACCUCCUCUCCCGGACCCGUCCGACCUGUCCUCAGAUGAAGGGGUGGACAACGAGGUGGAGUUCUUCACCAGCGCGGAUGACCGGCAGUGUCUGGUGCCGGAGCACCGCCCCAAGGCUCUGGCCUUUCGGUACGCUGCGCCCGGCCGCCGCAGCUACCGGGGCUGCGGUCAGGUCAACUAUGCCUACUACGAGGGCGCCAAGUCUGCCUGCACUCAGGGCCAAGAGAAACUGUACGCCCACAAGCAGCCACGCGAGCUGCCCCUGCCCAGAGACUGCGCCAGGCAGCCGGACCGGCCCCAGCGCCGGCUGCGUCGGACCCACUCCGGCCCCGCUGGCUCCUUUAAGACGGCCAGCCUGAGGCUGUUCGGCCACGGCCAGCUGCAGGACAAGCCCGAGGUCCCGCCGCGCGUUCCCAUCCCACCGCUUCCUGCCAAGAGCUCGGAGCUCCGCCACCGCUGGUCCGCAUUAGUCCCGCCGGCGCCGCCCAGUGACGGCGACGACGAUGACGACAAGCCGCCCCAGGUCCCCCCUCGGGAGCCCAUCCCACGGAGCUACGCCCGCACCCCGAGUCCCAAGAGCCUCCCCAUCUAUGUCAACGGGGUGAUGCCUCCCACACAGAGCUUCGCUCCCAACCCCAAGUACGUCAGCAAGGCCCAGCCCCGGGCCCCCCACAGGGCCCCUCACGAGGCCGUGACCCCAUCCCACAACCCCUGCAUACUGCCCAUCAUGGAGGACGGCAAGAAAGCCAGCACCACCCAUUACUUCCUCCUUCCCCAUCGGCCGGCCUACUUGGACCGCUAUGCCAGAUUUUUCAGGGAGACUGACUGCGAGACGACGGCUGAGGAGGGUUGCAGCUGAGAGCGGAGAUAUCUAUAACAGACAGAACUCAUCCGUCCACUUGAUGUAAAAAAAAGGACACAACGAGCUCUUAUAAACCUAUAUUUGUACAGGUUCCUCAACUCAUAGCUCGCUGAUGCCCCACACUACUUAGGGUAUUGUAAAAUAACUGACAUCACAUUUGCUGGAAAUUCACCAAGCCAAUUUUUUUUCCCACUUUUUAAGUUUCAUUGGCCAGUGUCACCUUCUUUUCAUAUUUAACCUUUUUGAUUUUACUGCAUCAUCAUGACAAGUAUUAAAAUUAUGAUUUACAUUUAUUCUAUUUUAUAUCAUAGUGUUUGAAGAUAAUGGUUAAGUGUAUGCAAAGAGUGUCAAAAGCUGGUAUAAGCUGGUCUUCUACCAAAACAUUUUCAUUGUUCAACAAACUGCUACAUAAGAAGUAUUUUAGUAUGGUGCUUUGUACGACAUGAAGUAGUUGUUCACGUUAGUGUGUAACUUAGCUGUACAGAAUGUCUGUGUCUACCAUGUCCAUGGUAAGAAUAUAAUGGCAAACACUAUGAGCUGUUUAGAUGGUGUUGAUCCGUGUAUUAUACUUUAUAACUUAUCACUACUGAUCACUAGCACUCAAGGUGCUUUUUUUGUUUUUGUUUUUAUGAUUAAUCGUUGCAUAUUUAUGAUGGUCAAGUAUGUCAAGUGGAUACAGUUGUUUUUGCAAGUCAUUGAAGUUGCAUAAUUGUUUUUUUUGUCUAGAUGCUCUUGCUAUAUACUGUCGGUUAAUGGUUGACUGGUACAAACAUGUUUUGUUAAUGUUAAUAUGAAGAAUAAUUUACGUGUAAGUGCUCAACAAGGGGGGCAACAGAACGAGUUUGCUCUGAUAGUCACUGCAUCAUAACUAUAUGAAUCAGGACUGCAGCAAGCAGUCAUGCACAAACGACCAUUUUUGCCUUCUUAAUGUGAUUCAUGAAUCUUCAUGAUCCCUGAUGUCUCUCUCCACUUGGCACCUCAGUGCCUGGGUUGAAGAAUUAUUUGUUAUAUAGUGUUUUUUCCACGUCUGAUUUUGAUUUUGACAGUGGUCUACAAAUUAAAUAAUAUAUUCUAAUUAUUUUUCUCUUUUGAGGUCUCAGUGGUUUACAUUAGUCCUCAUGUUUCUCUCUGUUCACAGUGGAGUUUUCAUACAUCUUAAAUGAAGGAAUAUGUUUUAAAUAUGUCGAGCGUUUAUGUAUGUUGAGUGUUGUCUGAACAUAUGUACAGUACCCCUGCUUUUGGGGAAACAUGCAAAACACUAUAUUCAUUAUAUAUUUAAGGCAAUAAAAUAACUUAUCGUCAAA